CGCCGUGGCGCGGGGCGGGGCGGGGGAUGUACUGCUGUCAUGGCCGCCGCCGCCGGCGCAGCGUCCCCGGCCGACAAGGAGAGAUUCAUCUGCAUUUAUCCAGCUUAUUUGAAUAACAAGAAGACAAUAGCAGAAGGAAGAAGGAUACCUAUAGACAAGGCUGUUGAAAAUCCCACAUCUACAGAAAUCCAAGAUGUAUGUGCAGCAGUAGGAUUCAAUGUGUUACUAGAGAAAAACAAGAUGUAUCCCAGAGAGUGGAACAGAGAUGUGCAGUACAGAGGUAGAGUACGAAUACAGCUCAAACAAGAUGAUGGCAACCCAUGUUUACCUCAGUUUCCAACACGUAAAUCAGUGAUGCUGUAUGCUGCAGAAACCAUUCCCAAACUCAAAACAAGAACUCAGAAGAUGGGAGGUAGUGAUCAAAGCGUUCAGCAAGGAGAGGGAGGCAAGAAAGGUAAAGGGAAGAAAAAGAAAUAAAUUGACGUCUGGAGUCGGUGUUGCAUCACAUAGUUGUACUUAGGGCAAGUACAGAUGGACACCAUGCAGUGACUUUGGAGUGAAGAUACGAGCAAGAAAUGAAGAGGUGAAGCUGAGUAGAACUGCCUGCUUUUCUUGGAACUGGAAUGCAUGUAACUGCCUUGCAUCUGUGUAACAAUAAAUCUCUUAUGUCUGACCUUAGCACCCACAUUAAAAGUGGAAGAACAUAGAAGAAGGUUGGGUGAGACAAUUAUUUUUUUCCAAAAUAAAUAUGCACCAUUUUGAAAUCUG